UAUCCAAACCAACGGUUUAUUUUGCUUUGUUUUCCGGUGAAAUUGAAGAGCGCUCUCUCGGAGAAACUUCAGAAAACCACCAUUACCAUCUCCGUCGCCGCCAUGGAAGGAGGUGGAGGAACGUUAUCGGAGAUUCACCAAUCCGCAAAGAAACUUCUGCUUAGGUCUCGUGACGGUCUUGAACGUCUCGAACGCCUCGAGUACUCUGCCACCGCCGGCACCGGCGCCGAAACGGAGCUUUCGUUCGCUGUGAAGAAGGACAUCACACAGAUCCAAUCCCUCUGCGUGGAGAUGGAGCGCCUCUGGCGAUCCGUCACAGCAAAACCUCAACGCGAUCUCUGGAAAAGAAAAGUGGAACAAAUAGCUGAGGAGGCUGAAUCACUAAGAGCAAGUUUGGAUAAAUAUAACUUACGGCAUCAGAAACGGAUGAGAGAAGCUAAUGAGAGAGCAGAACUGUUGGGACGAGCUAAUGGGGAUUCUGCUCAUGUUCUGAGAAUUUUUGAUGAGGAGGCACAAGCAUUACAUUCAGUCCGCGCUUCUGCCCGGGAACUAGAAAAUGCAAAUGCAAUUGGGGAAGCCAUCCUUUCUUCAAUACAUGGUCAAAGAGAACGCUUGAAGAGUGCACAUAGAAAAGCAUUGGACAUCCUCAAUACAGUUGGGAUAUCUAACUCCGUUUUGAGGCUAAUUGAGAGAAGAAACCGUGUCGACCAAUGGAUCAAAUAUGCAGGAAUGCUAUUGACUGUCAUUUUCUUGUUCGCAUUUGUUUACUGGAGACAUUGACCAUUCUCAGAUGUUGAAAAUCUGGAAAUUUGUUUGGGAGAGCAUAUAAAAGUGAGAUACGAAGUAUAUUUGGCAGAAAUAAGCGAAACUUCAACAGCUUGUGUGUCACGAGGUAAUAGACACGAGGCUUAAAUCUUGUAACUUCUUACACCAUAGUCUUUGACAAUAUAUUUUAGCCUACUUUAGAUGUACAGUUUCAUCUUAGAACAGUUCCAUCUUAGAUUUCUAUUCCCAAACUUGAUGAAUUUACUGUCACUUCCUAUGCCGAAUCCCUCUAAAAAAUAUUCUAC